AUUAAAAGCUCAUACAUGUCAAGGCGAAACAAGGUAAAAAAAAUCAAAUGGAAGUUGACCUUUAAAAAGGCACGAUUGGUGUCUAAUGCAAACGAAGGUGUUGUUGCUGAUGAUGAAUUUGAUGUAUGCUGUGAUGCUGUAGACAACAGUGGUUUCGAAAAUGAUUUUGGAUGGUGGGCACUUCCGGAGCCCGCACUGUUAAAAGUCUUUGUUCGCCUAAGUGUUUACGAUUUACUCCAAGCCAGCUUCUGUUGCCGGCGCUGGAACUCAAUUGCCAAGGACGAGUUGUUGUGGCGACACAAAUUUCAAGAAAACUUUAGAGCAUCACCUAACAUACCGUUGAAGCCAGGUGCUGCGAGCUGGAGAGCUGAAUACCAGCGCCUUAGUAUGCACAUUCCUUUUGUGCAAGCGCAGCGUCUGGAGCCGAGUAGCGAGUACAAUCACGGACAUACGCAUCAGGUGUUGCACGUUAGUUUUUCUCACAACGGCGAAAUGUUCGCAACAUGCUCUAAGGACGGUUAUGUUAUUGUAUGGAAUGCACAACAUCCAUGUACAGAAAAGUAUGCGCACAAUAUGAAACAGUUCAGCUGGAAGUACACACAGUACUCGCAGUUUAAUCAAAGUGACACACUCCUAUUGGUAUCCGGUGUUCACUUUGGGUCGCCACAGAGCACUUCUGGAGAGAUAGCUGUUUUUUAUCUGGGUGCCACCGAAUCCCAUCUUCGCUGUCGAGUCGUCAAUAGACCAUACGAUAUCUUUGGCACCUGGUUUAGCGAUCAGUACCUUCUCUCAGGCGAUCUUCAUUGGUUGGCACAUCUAGUGAGUACUUCGGUCAUAUGGCUGAAUAAGGCCAAUCAAGAAAUUGAUUCGGAGCAUGUGCCCAUCAUGAGCCAGCUAUAUAAAUUCUACAAUAGCAAUGCUAGUUCGGUGCGCGCAAUAAUGGUGGCCAGAUGCCCGUGGCUGGACGACUCUAAUGAUCCUCUUGAACGAAUCAAUGAGUCAUCAGAAACUGGCUCAGCAUCGACUAUCAACUGCAGCGAAGAGGUGCCCUCCACAUCGUUUGCUAGUGGCAAUCCUGUGUCUCAUGGAGCUAGUUUGCGGCGCACACGAUCCGCUACUCCCGAUAAUAAUUAUCUACCCGAUAUAAACGAACACAGCCAUGCACGAAGAUCGAGGGCUAGAAAUGUUCAAAACUCUGAUUCCACCAUACACUAUCUUGAGGAGUACAGAAAAGAUGCUGAAGCUGCCACAAAUGUUUAUUUUAAUGAUGGUAAUGAAAACAUCGAUGUGGACGUUGAACCAGAGGCAGAAGAAAUCGAAUCGGUGAUGGAAGUCUACGAUGAAAUGGAGAACAGCAUGCCCAAGUAUUUGAUUUUUUCGACUGGAUCAAAGACGUUCACACCGCAUCAAAUUGGUUUCAAACGCAUUCGCAGCGUAUACUUCCCUAAAAAGCUAGAUCCUGGUCCAACACUUAAGGAGCGCAUUGCAGCGAAACGAGCCGCCCAGCAACAGCAGCAGCAAAACCCACGGAAUGAUCCCGAUUGGUGGGACUAUGAAUCUGUUAAGGAUCGUUUCGACCAAGUAGACAAAGUGAUCGACUUGCACGGCCACAUUAUUGGCAUGUCAUUAAGUCCUGACCAUCGCUACUUAUAUGUGAACACGCGGCCAUGGCCGAAGAAUUAUAAUAUAACCAAUCCUCUUGAACCACCACCCAUUGCCCAGGAAAUAGACAUACAUGUCAUUGAUCUAAUGACUCUGAAGCGAGUGGGCAACAUGCUGCGUGCUCACAAAGCUUACACGCCUAGCACUGAAUGCUUUUUCAUAUUUCUUGAUGUGUGCGAUGAGUACGUGGCGAGUGGAGCUGAGGAUCAACACGCAUAUUUGUGGGAUCGCUAUUAUGGCAUCAGCUUGGCAAAGUUUAAACAUGCUGAUGUUGUGAAUAGUGUAGCUUUUAACCCUCGCGACUCUCAGAUGCUGGUGACAACCAGUGACGAUUACACUGUCAAGGUGUGGCGAUCCAGAGCUCAGGCGAAAACGUACAAUAUUCCAAUUGAUAUCAGUGAAUCGUUUGAGUUGAAACCCAAAAAUUGUCACAUUUCAAAAUUUUCUCUGUAGCUUUAAAGAGUUAAUAAUUAUUUCGUGUUGGUAAUGUUCGUUUAUUCGCAAGUGUAUUAAAUUUUUCGGCUAUAGCAAUGGUUCCACAGAUUUCUUAAAGCCUGGUGGCAGUACUUUAUCGAUUGUUUCACGUACAUAUAUUAUUUUGGCUUAGCUGCGAUUGGGCCUCAGAGGAUGUAGAAGGUUCAUCAAAAUGUUCAGUAGAUGGACGUGAUACAGAGCUUUGAAGUUUCUUCUUGUUUUUUUGACGUUUUUCGGGGUGACCAAAGCAAUGCUCGCACUCGUCAUCCUCUUCCGAAGAA